AUGCGUCAAGCAAAGGUGUUCGCAGAACAAGAGUCCGACAGUAAGAUAGAGCUCAGUAAUGUUAAACAGGCUUUGGAAUUGGACGGGGAGUGGGGGAGAAAGGGGUGGGACGCGAACUGGACGCGUCUGGCGUUUUGCGGCCCAUUGACGCGACCAGCCUCAAGACUUUGUAAGAUAUCGAAACGUCAAGUCAAGAUUGCUGCUACAGUACGGGGGUAUGGAGUGCUGCUACACUGCAGGCGACAGUCACGGCACGUCAAAGCACGGCAGCCAAUCGAAGUAGACGGCGAUCACGCUCACGACCACGCCGGCACGCGUCCAGCCCUCUCACUGAUGGACGGCAUAUGGACUCGUCGACUACUGCCUCUGAGCGCCCAGCGCGGCAGCGCAUCCGUACAGGGAAGCACCCUGCCUAGCCGCGCGAGGAUGCACCACGCGCAUAAGACGAGGACAUGGCCGGAUAGGAUACCUAGGCAUGCCCACUCACAUAUGCGCGCAAGACCCAACAAGCGGUGGGCCUCGUCCGGUGGGUGUAAAUGCGACAUAGGCCACUUAAGUUGUCUCCCGGUUAUUUGA